UUUGUUGUAAUUCCGAACAUCCCCACGUGCAUAUGAAACACUGCUCUAAAUUUUCCUUUUGUAUUUUUUAAAGCAUUUUCUUCGAAAAAAAAUAUAUAUCCACUCCAUAUAUUAAUGUGUGAUCAAUAAACAAUGAUCGUUAAAAGUAUUAAAAGUAUUAUUAAAACGUAAAGUCCAAUACGUUUUCUCUUACAUAUAUUUUUUUGAUCAAGUUGGACAUUUAUUGUACAUUAUUUGUAUAUUAACAUUUUAAUGAAAUUUCCUCAUACUGCCAUUGAUGACGAUUUUUGUCACUUUAACAUUCCUCGUUCUCGAAGAAGUUUACCUUCAUCCCGUGACACGCUCGCAACGCUUGCACACACCACCGCUCUCUGCAAUUCUCAGAAAGUAUCAAAUCUCAAAGCUCGUAGGCGCGCGGUAAACAGCUAUAUUACGGUAUUUUUCAACGGCCCUUCUCGCGUGCAUGUCGGAAAAUGGUACUACGAGGAAUUCUCAUUGAGAUAACGAUACGACGGACCGUCGUAAAAGAGGGUUGUACGCACAUAUAUCGCGAGAGAGAAAGAGAGGUACAAGGAAGGAGGAGAAGAGGGAGAGAGAGAGAGAGAGAGAGAGAGAGAGUCGUUUAUGAGCUGGGUAGAGAUGCGAGAUAGAAAAUUUCUACGCGCGAUUUCGUUGUGGUUUUUCUUUUUUUUUCUUUUUUUCAGGAGACGCUCACAGUUGUAUUAUGUCGCAUUCAGCCGCGCGUAGCGAGCACGCGCCGAUCGAAAUUUGACGUUUGUAGCGGCGCGCGAGCUUCGGUCGGCUUCCGCGGACGGCGUCGCCGUCGACAUCUCUCGACUCGCGUGUGCGGGCGAUCAGUCAGUCGGGAGCGCGAGUUCAGUCUGGUAAGACGCGUCGUCCAUCGUCCGUUCGCCGGUUCGCGGCGUCGUUCCGGCGUCUCACGUUUUCCAUUUCGUUUCGGUAACGUCAAACGCGCGCGCACGCAUCACGUCGCGGUUCGUCGCAGAUCGAGGUGUCGUCCGUGAUAAAGUGCCCGCGGAUCUGUGUAUUAUGUUCACCUAUCACUUGAGAUAAAGUGUCAUCGGACAUAACGGAGCCCAGUCUCUUCUCACGCGAGGGAGGAAUCGAACAGCGGAGUCUCAUCGCGCCGAGGAAAGGUGGUCCCCACCACGUCAAACCUUUCAAACUUCUUCGAGACACGGUUGAUUUUCUAUCGCUUCUGAUGCUGCGGUCGGCGGAUCACCUUCUUCUGCAUCCGAGCGGCGAGAUCGCGCUCCGAUUAUGAUGUGAGCUACUGAAGGUGGGAUCCUCAGGAACCGUGAGGUCCUCGCAAUGGAGGCGGGACCAAAGCAGCAGCAGCCGCCGCAGCAGCAGCAGCCCCAGCAGCAGUCGCCUCAGCAGCAACAGCAGCAGAACUCACCUGGCAACGCGACUCAGGCAAUCAUCGGUCCUCAGGGUGGUUCGACGCCGCAGGCACAGCAGAAUGCGGAGGACGCGCUCGCGGCGGCGGAGAACACCCCCGUCAACGAGGGUAUGCUCCUCGCUCGGAUCCACGUGCCCGAGCUCUACGUCAGCAAGUGUCUGCAGUUCCCGAAGGAUCAACUGGUCUGGGACGUGAAGCAGCAGUGUCUGGCGUCCUUGCCCAAGGUGGCCACUUGGUACAGGGAACUGAAGGAGAGCUUCAAUUACGGCCUCUUCUGUCCGCCGGUGAAUGGAAAAGCCGGGAAAUUCCUAGACGAGGAACGCCGCCUCGGCGAUUAUCCAUUCAAUGGACCCGUCGGGUACUUGGAGCUCAAAUAUAAGAGGCGGGUGUACAAGAUGCUGCAUUUGGAUGAGAAACAGCUCAAGGCUAUGCAUACCAGGACGAAUUUGCGGAGGUUACUGGAUUAUGUGCAGAGCAGUCAGGUCGAGAAGAUCGCGAAGAUGUGCAGCAAAGGGCUGGAUCCUAAUUUCCACUGUCAGGAAACGGGAGAGACGCCGUUGACAUUGGCAACCACUUUGAAAAAACCGUCGAAAGUUAUAAUUGCGUUAGUCAAUGGUGGCGCUUUACUGGACUAUCGAACGAAAGAGGGUCUAACGGCGAUGCACCGUGCCGUUGAACGAAACAGUCUGGAGGCGGUGAAAACGCUGCUGGAAUUGGGCGCCAGCCCGAACUACAAAGAUACGAAGGGCCUGACGCCGCUUUACUAUAGCGUCAUUCACAAGACCGAUCCGAUGCUUUGCGAGACGUUGCUUCACGACCACGCGACAAUAGGAGCGCAGGAUCUCCAGGGCUGGCAGGAAGUUCAUCAGGCGUGUCGCAACAAUCUCGUACAGCAUCUGGACCACCUGCUUUUCUACGGCGCUGACAUGAAUGCGCGCAACGCGUCCGGUAACACGCCGUUGCACGUGUGCGCGGUGAAUAACACGGACGCCUCGUGCAUACGUCAGCUACUCUUCAGGGGCGCGCAGAAGGACGCGCUCAACUAUGCGAACCAAACGCCGUACCAAGUCGCCGUGAUCGCCGGCAACAUGGAGCUCGCCGAAGUCAUCAAGAACUAUCAGCCGGAGGAAGUCGUACCGUUUAAAGGGCCGCCACGUUACAACCCGAAGCGGCGCUCGGUGGCCUUCGGUGGCACUUCCACGAUGAUGACGACGAGCUGUUCAGCAAGUAAUCUGGGAACCCUCACCAGGAUACCGUCCACCGAACAACACGCGGCGGCGGCGUCUAGCGCCGGUGGUGGUACCUCUAGUGGUACACUCACCAGAACCAUCUCUGUGGAACAGUACUCUAGUAUCACGCGAGUACCCUCCGCCGAGCAGUACGCUACCGCCGCGAGCCUGAAUCGAGUACCGUCCACGGAGCAACCGUACUCUCCGCCUCCACCGUCGUCCGGCACACUCGUCCGGGUCGCGUCCGAGGAAAAAUACGCGCCGUCCGGCAUCGUCUUGAGCAGAGCCUCGUCCGGCGAACGAUACGACGCCACUUUGAUCAGAGUACCGUCCUCCGAGCAGUACCCGACUGUUAGUACGCUGACCAGAGUACCGUCCACGGAGCAGUACCCGACUGUCGCGGCGAGCAUGAGCAGAGUACCGUCCACGGAACAGUAUCCCUCCACCGGUGGAAUCGCGAUCAUCGGUCAGUCAACCGAGUCGGUCCACCACGGGAGCCUCGGCAGAGUACCGUCCGUAGAGUCGAGCAGAAACGACUUACCGAACCGAAUACCGUCCGAACAGAACGGCCACCGAUUAACGUCGGAGUACCAGAGUCCAAAUUCUUUGAGAGAUCCUAACGCGAGAUUGCCGAGUGCCGCGGAGAAUUAUACGAACUUGAGAAUGGAGGGUCUGACGAGGCUGCAAGAGCAUCGGCUCGAGCUACAACAUCGCCUCGAUAUGCACAGAACACAGAUGGAGAUGCCGCCGUCGCCGUCGCCUAGCAGCAGGAGCUUAGCACCUUUCAGCUCGGCCAGUUCGAGCUUAUCUGAAGGCAGCAAUCAACCGUCCGGCGAGGAUUCGGCCAGCAUCGUCACAGACAAGAGCCUCGGCGACACGGCGUCCGACGUGAUCAGCGACAGUUCCGGGGUAGGAACCUCGCAGUCCGACACGACCAAUUCAUUAUCCAUUCCCGGUACGACGGUUGUCUGCGUGGAGAGCUACAACAGCGGGAUCACUGGCCAUCUGACUAUCAAUCAAGGAGACAUCCUUGAAGUCACCGGUGCCACCGAUUGCGGCCUUCUGGAAGGGGUCCUACGUGGACAAGGUACCGGUCUCUUCCCCGCGCAUUGCGUUCAGGAAGUCAGGCUGCGUCAUACGAAUAUACCUCUGGGCCCGCAGCCCGCCAGGGACGGACGAAAUCGGGUUCUAGGCCGCAGGGAGUCGCAGCAUAAAUACUUUGCUACCGCGCCUAGAUUAAAGAAGCCCGUCACGUCGGAACCCCGCACUGUUGUUCUUCAUCGUUCGAGGAAAGGCUUCGGGUUCGUGUUGCGCGGUGCCAAGGCCACUUCGCCGCUAAUGGAGCUAACGCCGUCUGCCAGGUAUCCGGCGCUACAGUAUCUGGACGAUGUCGAUCAAGGAGGUGUAGCCGAUUUAGCGGGUCUCCGAAAAGGAGAUUUUCUUAUUCAAAUUAACGGCGAGGACGUGACGACGGCCUCCCACGAACACGUAGUCGACCUGAUCAGGAAAUCGGGAGAGUUGGUGCGAAUGACAGUGAUUUCGCCGGUGAUUAGUCUUCCGAAUUCUCAAUCUGCGGCCGCGUUGCCAACUAGUCAACCUAUCCAGAGACAAUAUGCGACUUUACCGCGUAAGGGUAACAACAACGUAGUGAUCGGUGGUACGCUCGGCAGAUCUCCGGCUCCCGUACCACCACGGAGAGACCCGAAGACGACACUAAGCGUGGGCCGGGCGAGGGCGCGAUCGAUGGUCGCAGGAUUAGAAGGAGGCGGCGAAAGAGAUGAUCGCGAUGAAAUCGCGUCGACUGGUGCAAAAUCGAGCAGCGCGGAAUCGAUUCAUAUGCCGCAGCAGCCCUCGACCGGAUCGAACACCGGUCAGAACACUCCGGUGCAACCGAGAACGGCCAGCAUCCGAUCGCGUCCAACAUCCAGCAGGAUUACCGCUGCGGAACUCGAAUCGCAAUCAAAAGUGCGCUUCUUUGGCGGCUUGGGCGGAGGUUCCGAUCUUCACAGAGACUUCCACAGCACACCGGAUCUUAACGUACAGGCGCAGUCCUCGUCCCUUCUGGCGCCCAAGUGCCAUAGAAGCCAAGAAGACGUGAAUGCCUUGAACGGUAGAAACGGGCUUCCACCGCCGAAUCAUCCGCCGCCACCUCCGCCAGUCGGACAAGUCAUCAAGAUGAAUGUCGGCGCCAACGUGCCGGAUGUCGUCACUCCAGCCUCGGUUUACGACAACAUGGCGCACAUCCAGCAAGUCAAAGAACUCGCGGCGGCCACGGUCGAAGGUGGUUAUGGAGUGAUGUCGAGUUUCCGACCAUCUAACAGUGCGAAGCUAUAUGCCUCGCCGGAGGACAUGAAGACCGUCGGUUACCGUUCACGUAGUCUACCGGCUAACCGCCCGCAUCUCAGGAAAUCUCACAGUCUGCGCAAUCCGCCAAACAACACGAUGUUCAAGCCAACCGGCAGCCAACAGGCGCUGAACAACAAUGUCGGCAACAUGAACAGCAACGGGAACGGUAACAAUCAGUACGCGCAACCGCUGAAGACUACCAGGAGUCACAGCACGGCCGGUAUCCGCGAGCGGAAAAAGAAAACCAUUGUCUUGAACGCCAGCUCGUCCGUUACGAAUCUUUCGUCAAUCGCGUCCGGCGCGAAUGGAACGACUGUGCCGCCUAAUUCGGCGCCGCCAAUUCCUGAGCCAGAUUACAGCCUGUCAGAGUCGGAGAAUGAUGACGACGAAGGCGAGGACGACGAGACGGAUGAGGAUGGUGAGUCAGAGAUUGCGAAGGAACUUGAGAAAGCGGCGGCGCGGGAAAAGCUGGAGGCGACACGAGAAACAUCCGGCAACUCCAACACGUCCGGUUCGAGCUCGUCGGGAAGCGGCUCGCUGCCGCACUCGUUCAGCGUCGAGGAGAUCCAAAAGGUGCGCACGCAACUCAAGUCGUCCAAGAGUCAUCCAAACGACUUUCUGCUACAGACGCAGCAGUCGCUCGUCGAGGACGGUGACAACAGCUCGAGUGGCGUUAGCUCGGAUCAGGAUGUGCCAGUGGGCCCGCCGAUGGGCUUCGACGACACCGCUGUGCGGAAUCUGGCCAAUCAGGAGAGCAAUCAGCAUUCGGGAGGUGCGGCUCUGCUAACUUCCGGUGUCAACCCGAUUGACAAGGAGAACAAUCAGAUCAAACGACCGGGUUACGGGGGCAGCGGUUUGCUGACUAGGCACGCGGUCAGCCUGGCGCAGCUGCCGCCGCCGAUCGAGGCGGACGCCGAGGAGCAGAAUAAUGAUCUGUUUGUGCCGCCGCCGCCGGAAUUCAACGCAGGCCCGUCCGCCGGCGGCCAGGAUCAAGAAGUAGUGGUGUUUGCACCACCACCGCAAUUCUGCGAUAACAAACAUCAACAGCAGCAGCAGCAGCAGCAGCAGACAACUUCACAGAAUCGUGUUAAGAUAAUCGGCGCGAUUCCCAAGGUUGCCGGAAACCAGGUGAAGGCGUCGGGCGGAAGGGCAUUGCCGUAAAAAAAGAAUCCGCCGUAAAUUAUAACACGGAUGUCUUGAUCGCGUAUAUCUUUGCUGCGCGAACAGAAGAGAGUUUGCAACACGUAAUUGGUAGAUCGCGAUUUCAAAGUCAAUAUAUUUAGAGGUUUUUCUGCCUUUUCGGUAGUGUAAUCGCCGCGCGACGAGCAUAUUAAAUUUGAACUAUAUCGCUGAAAAGCGAUCGACAGUCCGCGCGGGCGUGCUGUCGUAUAUAAAGCGUGGUCGGCUUGGACGACUUUUUGCCAAUAGUAAAUUCGUAUUCUAAUCGAGCGUCUAGGAGUCGUAGUAU